ACUCGUUUGCGCAAGAUGACCGCCCGAGUGCAGUUACUACUUGCCUUCGCUGCCCUGUUAUCAGUAGUUUCAAGUUCCGAAAAUACCAGCGUCAGUUCUUCGGAUGGAUUCGGUCACGAGCUGGCAAUGGUCGGGCUGGAUGCAGUUAAUUUCAACAUGCAAAAGGAUCACCUGCGAUCGAAGGAGUAUUUCCAGGUGCUGAAGGCAGAAAUCGAAGCAGUUCAACGUACUCUCGGUAACAUCGAAAGCAUGGUGGUUCGCCAGUCCAAUGUGAUUUCAACGCUCCAGAGUGAGCUGGAGAUGACUUCGAUGAAUGUGUCGCAUUUGCUGAGUGAUUCUGGGAAGAUCUACCGAGUUCAACAAACGCUUGCAACGACGGAGAUUUUGAAUGACUUUAUCAUUCAGUUGAUUGGUAAAAAAGUGGACGCUUCUGGAAGUUCUCGGCAGUUGCUUGUGUCUAGGGAGUUACCGUCGACUUGUGCUGAUGUUUCGGAGCGUAGCUCAGGAGUCAGGUUGAUCCACCCACAGCCUGGUUUUAAGGAUUCAUUUGAGGCGUUCUGUGACCAGGAGUACGAAGGAGGUGGUUGGACCGUUAUUCAGAAUCGUUACGAUGGUUCGGUGCAUUUUUACCGAGGAUGGAACGAGUUCGAGAACGGAUUUGGUGACCUGCGGGGCGAGUUCUGGUUGGGACUGAGGAAGAUCCACGAGUUGACCUACGCCAAAAAGCACGAACUGCACAUUGUUCUGGAGGAUUUUGAAGGAAAAACUGUGGUGGCCAAGUACAGUGACUUCCGGGUGGCCGGACCGGAAGAGAAGUACACGCUGAAGAGUUUGGGGACGUUCAGUGGAGACGCUGGAGAUUCGUUAACGUCAGCUGUGAACAUGAAAUUUACGACCUUGGAUGCAGACAACGACACUCACGGACCCGGGAAUUGCGCCGUCGAUUACAAGGGUGGCUGGUGGUACACAGCUUGUCAUGAAAGCAACCUGAACGGAUUGUACAUGAAAGGCAAGGUGGAGGUGUUUGCAACAAUGAUGUGCUGGAAGGCUUUCAAAGGCUACAAUUAUGGAUUGAAACGCUCGCGGAUGAUGAUUAGAGCAAGUCAAUAAAUAGUUAUGUCACCAGGCUAAA